GAAAUUUCAGCAAUUAUGGCUUUCGCCUGCUACUCUCUUUUCCUCAUUUUGUGCUUCAUAGUUUCUGCUGCCCCUUCUUUUGGAUCCAGUACUGCCGACGAGCCGUUGCCUCACAUACCUCUUGGAGGUGCAGAUUGUGCCACUCCCCUCUACGACAUGAAAUCGAAUUGUUGGGGCUACAUUAGGAAGAACAACACCAUGACGGUACCGGACUCCUGCUGCCACACGCUGCAAUCGGUGUUGUCAAGAUAUCCGGAAUGUUUGUGUGAGAUCUUCUUUAGUGGUGGAUAUAUCGAUUUCGACAUUGAUAUCACUAAAGGAUUUGCCACUUUUGAUGCUUGCAAUGUGCGUGGCCGUGUAGUCUCUAGUUGCAGAGAUGUGGUUCGGACUAUGGGUGCAAGCUCUAAGACAUCUUCAUCUACACUCAUUGUGGUUGCUCUAGUAGUAGGCAUGGCCAUAGCGUUAUAAUUUCUAUCCGCCUUUAUGGACACUGUCAGCUAGUAUCUAGCCAACAUGAUUUUUUUUUUGAAAGUUCUAGCCAACAUGAUUUACUUUUACGUG